UCCGCCCGCCUCCCUCGUCCCGUCCUCCCGGCCCGCUCCCCUCCUCCCGCCGCCCUCCCCGCGGGGGAAUAUGGUCCCCAGCCAUGGACGCCCCCGGUGCAGGAUAUGCCUUUGAGUACCUUAUUGAAACAUUAGAUGACAGAUCACCUAAGAAGUUCUUCAAUGUACCUAAACUUGGAGGCGCCAAGUAUGGUAAUGUAGCUUUGCCUUUUCUUGGUGGAAUACCAGCUAUGGUGGAUUUUGCUGCUAUGCGAGAAGCAGUGAAAACCCUUGGCGGAGACCCUAAGAAAGUGCACCCUGCUUGUCCAACUGACCUCACGGCUGACCACUCUUUACAGAUAGACUUCAGCAAAUGUGCAAUACAAAAUGCACCCAAUCCUGGAGGUGGUGACCUACAGAAGGCAGGAAAGCUCUCUCCACUGCGAGCACCCAGGAAGCCUCCUCCGUGUCGAGGCCAGAUUCCCUGCCGAGGACCGUGCGAUUCUGGAGAGCUAAGCCGAACCUCAGGAACAUUUUCUUCACAGAUCGAGAACACACCCAUCCUGUGUCCUUUUCAUUUGCAACCAGUGCCUGAACCUGAAGCAGUGUUAAAAAAUCAAGAAGUUGAAUUUGGCAGAAAUCGAGAGAGACUUCAAUUUUUUAAGUGGAGCUCACGAGUGUUCAAGAAUGUGGCUGUCAUACCACCUGGAACUGGAGUUGCUCACCAAGUGAACUUAGAAUGCCUGUCACGAGUGGUUUGUGAAGACAAGGGCUUCCUCUUCCCUGACAGCGUAGUUGGCACAGACUCUCACAUCACCAUGGUUAAUGGUUUGGGGAUUCUUGGGUGGGGAGUGGGAGGCAUUGAAACAGAAGCGGUCAUGCUUGGCCUGCCCGUGUCUCUUACCUUACCAGAGGUGGUCGGGUGUGAGCUCACUGGCUCGUGCAAUCCUUUCGUGACAUCCAUAGAUGUUGUUCUUGGCAUUACAAAGCACCUCAGACAAGUAGGAGUGGCUGGAAAGUUCGUUGAGUUUUUCGGAAGUGGAGUUUCACAGUUAUCUGUUGUCGAUCGAACUACCAUAGCAAACAUGUGUCCAGAAUAUGGUGCUAUCCUCAGCUUUUUCCCUGUUGACAAUGUGACAUUGAAACACUUAGAACAUACAGGUUUUGACAAAACCAAACUUGAGUCUGUGGAAAAAUACCUGAAAGCUGUGAAGUUGUUUAGGAAUGACCAGAGUUCUUCUGAGCCUGAAUACUCACAGGUGAUACAGAUUAACCUAAACUCAAUUGUUCCAACUGUCAGUGGUCCCAAAAGACCUCAGGACAGAGUUGCAGUGACGGAUAUGAAAAGUGAUUUCCAGGCUUGCCUAAAUGAAAAGGUUGGAUUUAGAGGCUUCCAAAUUGCUGCUGAGAAACAAAAUGACGUCAUGUCCAUUGAUUAUGAAGGAAGCGAGUAUAAGCUGUCUCAUGGGUCGGUGGUCAUUGCGGCUGUCAUCAGCUGCACCAAUAACUGCAACCCUUCUGUCAUGCUUGCUGCAGGUCUUUUGGCUAAGAAGGCUGUGGAAGCUGGGCUGCGUGUGAAGCCAUACAUAAGAACAAGCGUGUCUCCAGGCAGUGGCAUGGUGACUCACUACCUCAGCUCAAGUGGUGUGCUGCCCUAUCUUAGUAAGCUGGGAUUUGAAAUAGUUGGCUAUGGAUGUUCAACCUGUGUGGGGAACACAGCGCCCUUAUCAGAAGCAGUUCUAAAUGCAGUGAAACAGGGUGAUUUGGUUACCUGUGGAGUUUUAUCCGGAAACAAAAAUUUUGAAGGCCGUCUUUGUGAUUGCGUCCGUGCCAAUUACCUUGCCUCUCCCCCACUGGUGGUGGCCUAUGCCCUGGCAGGCACAAUGAACAUAGAUUUCCAGACAGAGCCUUUAGGGACUGACCCUACUGGCAAGGAUGUUUACCUGCGUGAUAUUUGGCCUAGUCGAGAAGAGGUUCAACGGAUAGAAGAAGAACAUGUUAUUUUGUCCAUGUUUAAAGCACUGAAAGGGAAGAUAGAGGUAAGAGCCUGGCCUAGCCCAGGUCCCCGGGCGCCGCCCUUUCCGAAGGUGUCCUCCAAGACACGGGAGAGUAGGAAUAAAGCCAGGACACGGAGUUCCACGCUGGGACACUUGGACACUUUCCAAGGCCAAGAAGGUCCAAGUCGCCGCCACCUCUGCCUUACCCCUCGUGAAUUCAACUCUUACGGAGCCCGGAGAGGCAAUGAUGCCGUGAUGACAAGAGGCACUUUUGCAAACAUCAAGCUUUUUAAUAAAUUUAUUGGAAAGCCAGCUCCCAAAACAAUCCAUUUUCCGUCAGGACACACGAUGGAUGUAUUUGAAGCUGCGGAACUGUACCAAAAAGAAGGUAUCCCACUGAUUAUUUUAGCAGGAAAGAAGUAUGGUUCGGGGAAUUCAAGAGAUUGGGCCGCCAAAGGGCCGUAUUUACUGGGCGUGAAAGCUGUUUUGGCUGAAAGUUAUGAAAAAAUCCACAAAGACCAUCUGGUUGGGAUGGGCAUAGCCCCACUGGAGUUCCUUCCAGGAGAGAAUGCAGACUCCCUGGGGCUGUCUGGCAGGGAGACCUUCUCCUUGACGUUUCCUGAAGAGCUAUCUCCUGGAAUGGCAUUGAACAUGAAGACAAGCACUGGAAAGGUAUUCAGCGUGAUUGCUUCAUUUGAAAACGAUGUGGAAAUAACCUUGUUCAAACAUGGAGGAUUAUUAAACUUUGUGGCACGGAGAUUCUCCUAGUAUCUUCUCCCCGCCAUGCCAGGCGCGGGUGAUGGUAACUGCAGACAGUCUUUCAUGCCGGCCCCAGGGGUCCUUGCUACGGCGCCACAGCAGGUCCAGUGUCCUGGACGUAAGUGAUUGUGAUCAAUAUAGUGACUGAAAAGCGAUCUUUUUAAAUACUAUACGAAUGGUGCUAUUAACACUGCUGAAAUCAACGUGUGGUGUGUGUUGUGGAAGAGCCUGUAAGUAUGGGUGGGGGUAUUUUAUCAGACCAUUUUGUAAAUAAAAGGCAGAAUUGGACCUUG